AUGCCUGAAUCGUUCUCAUUGUUCGACGCUUGCAUCUCGAUUUUCAACAUGGAGAAGCAGGGGGAGGUUGUACCAUCGGUUCUGCGACUCAACAUGGGCAACGCGUGUUUGAGGAGGUCGGUCUUGUUCCCCGGGGACAAGAGAACGACAACGAAGAUGAACAACCGUGGUCGGUUGUCAUUGGUUCGUUGGGUCGGGGCGACUAAGAAGCAUGGCGCCGCUGGCGAGAAUAAUGUGGGCGCAAACUUUCUGAUUAAGGAUGAGAGUUGA